AUUAACAAUCUUGUUUGACAACAAGUGACAUUAGUCAUCCGAUAAUAAUUAGGUAUGGUAACCUAAUCAGUACCAAUUUAUCUAAACUUUAUUAGAAAGAGUUUAAGCAUUAUCUUUAUAAUUCUAUAACGCCGUUUCGAUAGAUUAAUAUCGCAUUUUCAUAAUGAAGUCCCAGAAAGUCCGAGAAUUAUGAGAAACGAGAAAGUAUUGAAGUGGAGGUCAAAAGUCAAUGUUUGUUAAAACAAUCAUAGUGUUUAUCAGUUAAAAUGGACAAUAUUGGUGAAAAUAAAACAGAAAACGUGAGCCAGAAAAAGGAACUACCACUUAAUUUGCAAAAAAUAUGUUUAGUGUGCGGUGAUAAAGCGUUAGGCUACAAUUUUAAUGCCAUUUCGUGUGAGAGUUGCAAAGCGUUUUUCCGUCGAAAUGCAUUGGCUAGUAAAGAAUUCAAAUGUCCGUUUACGAACAAUUGUGUUAUAACCGUGGUCACAAGAAGAUUCUGCCAGAAGUGUCGUUUAGAGAAAUGUUUUGCCGUCGGUAUGGUGAAAGAGUUUAUAAUGUCGGAGGAGGACAAAGCAGAAAAAAGGCGAAAAAUAGAAGAGAACCGAGCCAGAAAAAGAAAGAGCGAUUGUGAUGAAGCUGUUUCUAGUUCAAAGAGUAUGAAAAAAGAUGAUGAGAACUUGACAAGUAAUUAUCCACCAGAAUCAAUACAAUAUGAUGUCUUAAACAGCACUACAUGCAGUCCAAGCAGCACAGUCCAAUCUCCACUCAACAAUGACAUGGAAUCAUCAAUACAAUCCCCUCCCAUGUACAAUUAUGCUCCAAUACCACCAGUUCAACCUGAAUACAAUAUGAAGGUCUUCCCUAUUGAUGAGAAGCAGAUAAUGGAUCAAGCAUUGUACGAACAAAGGAUGAUGGAUUCAUACAAAAUGUAUGAUAAUGUUGAGAGUAACACAUAUAUGGAGCCCCCCAAACAAAAUAGUAUAAGACAAAUCUUAACGAAUGGAGACACAGCAACCGCAUUUAAAGAGACGAAACAACAACAUGUCUGUGAAGAGAUACCUUCCACCAGUACCGACCCUGAUGUGAACAAAGCAAGGGAUAUCCUUCAAGAUGUUGAAAGGAUAGAACCAAACUCAAUGGAGUCGAUAUUGUGUGAAGCAAUCAAAUUAGAAUUCGAAUCGUACGCUUCAGUGAACUCGUGUAGCGGCUCGUCCCGGGAACUCAAUGAGGUAGAGCGCGCCAAGCUCAACGAACUGAUCGUUGCCAACAAGGCCCUCAACGCGCCCAUAGACGACGACAUCUCGCAGCUCGUGGACUCCGCCAGCGCAGAGCCGGGCGGCAAGCACGACCCGCGCCUCAUCCGGCUCGUCAACCUCACGGCGGUGGCCAUACGCCGCCUCAUCAAGAUCGCCAAGAAGAUUAGCGCCUUCAAGAACAUGUGCGAGGAGGACCAGGUGGCUCUACUCAAGGGAGGCUGCAUAGAGAUGAUGGUGCUUCGGAGCACAAUGACCUACGAUGGCCAGAGGAAUCAGUGGAAGAUCCCGCACUGCCAGGAGCAGUUCGGCCGCAUCGGCACGGACGUGCUGAAGCUGGCCAAGGGCGACAUCUACCGCUCGCACGAGGCCUUCAUCAGCACGUUCUGCGCGCGCUGGCGCACCGACGAGAGCGUCAUCCUCAUCCUCUCCGCCAUCCUGCUGUUCGCGCCGCACCGACCGCGCCUCGUGCACCGCGACGUCGUCAAGCUGGAGCAGAACUCGUACUACUAUCUGCUGCGGCGCUACCUGGAGAGCGUGUACCCCGGCUGCGAGGCGAAGUCAACCUUCCUCAAGCUCAUACAGAAAGUCCUCGAGCUUCGGAAGCUCGCCGAAGAGAUAACCGACGUGUACCUCGACGUUAACCCUCUCGAACCGCUGCUGAUGGAAAUCUUCGAUCUCAAGCAUCACGGCGGGAGGGACUGACCUUGCUCCGUCGUGUGAGCUCCCCAGGUGCUCCACAGUUAUCCGUAUUUACUAAACACUAGCUGACCCGGCAGACUUCGUAGUGCCUCAAUCGAUAAAUAAAAGACCUAAACUUUUGUGUAAAAUAAACUUAAAACAAACAAAAGGAAUCCGUCCGACGGGGGACACGUCAAAGGAAAAACAAAAUUGUUAUUCUGAUUUAAUUCAGAGAAUUUACAUAUUUGUCUACAUUUUAAAUCUUCUCUAGACUUCCACAAAUAAUUCAAGACCAAAAUUUGCCAAAUCGGUUCAGCCGUUCUCGAGUUUUAGCGAGACUAACGAACAGCAAUUCAUUUAUAUAUAUAGAUAUGUGACACGUCCCAUUCAAAAUGACUAAAAUACUCCCCCGGUGCGCGCUCAGGGAAUUACGUGUGACGUCACUGAAAUUUGCUGAUUCCUGAUGGAAAAUGGAAGGAAAUAAAAUUAUGACAAAGAACUAAUUACACUAGUUAAGUGAUUAAUAAAUAUAAAAAAUAUCAGAGUAUUGUACGUUUGUAACACAGCGCUCGGGCAUCGUCAUUGCCAUGCCAAUAUCAAUUCUAAAUGUGCACCGCGUGGGUCACGGACUCAAGUACAUCACUAGCUGUAGCCAAUUGUAUAAGUUAACCGGUUUUUUGUAAAAUAUGUAUGUACUACCGGCGUCAGACUGUUUAGUUAGAACAUUGAAACAGCGCCCCUAGCGGAAAACGUAGGGAAAGACAUGAAACAAUGAAAGCAUUUAUAUAUGACUAACGACCCGCCCUCGCAUCGCUUCGGAAACAUUAAAUUUUAUUAUUGAUAGCUGAGUCUCGCGAUGUUACCCGCGGUUAUUGUCGUACCGCGGGUGACGCCGCCAGGCGAAGCUAGUCUAAAAAAAGUAAGCCUAAGUUACUCCUUAUAUCACCAGCUACCUAUCAGUGAAAGUCUCAUCAAAAUCGGUCCAGCCGUUCCAGAGAUUAGCCGGAACAAACAGACAGACAGACAAAAAUUGUAAAAAAUGUUAUUAUGGUGUAUGUACCGUAUAUAUACUCAUAUGCAUGUAGUAAAAAGCGGUUAUUUCAAUAUUACAAACAGACACACCAAUUUUAUUUAUAUGUAUAGAUUUAGUAUUAACUGUACAUAUUCCCGUGAGAUUAAUACUAAUAGGUAUUGAAAUGUAAUGGAUUAGAUUUCAAAUAAAACGUUAGGGUUAUGUCGUAAAUGUACCCGCAGACUCGGCGGGGCCCUCACGGCGCGGCCCUCACGGCGCGGAGUAAAUAAAAACAGCCUCACAGUAUGAACUGUCUAAAUUAGUGAGAAAUCAAUUGAUUUUAAAAGAAUUUAAGGAAAUUAAUUACGCGACCAUAUCUUUAAUAAUUUCGAAAUUAUCAUGAUAACGUAGGAUUUAAUAUAAGAAAUAGGUAGUAAUAGAACGCGCGAUAGUAUAACUACAUCCGUUUUCGAAACAUUACCGCAAACAAAAACGGGUUUGCCAUUGAACAUCUAAUGUGGAAUGAUGUUUGUGAACUUUGGAUACUAGUGGAUACUAGUAGAUACUAGUAGAUACUAGUAGAUACUAGUAGAUACUAGUAGAUACUAGUAGAUACCAGUAGAGACUAGUAGAUACUAACCACCCAUGCGAUACGAAAGUGAAGCUACUACAAACGACAAGCUGUUAUGCUGAGUUGACCCGCUCCCCGUGUACAAGUGUGGUGCUGUACAUGACGUACAGCAACAGGUUCCGCUGGGUGUGGUCCCUGGGCCGCGUGUGCACGACACCACAACAACAAGCACAGGGAGCGGUCACUCUCCGCGUAACGCGAGAUGGUUCCUCACUCUAGAGCCCUGACCGCCGGACGCUGGACUCGCAGACACCGCCACCAGCAGCAGUAUAAUUAUAAGUACAACUUGUUUUUUUUUCGUAUUGCUUAGAUAGGUGGACGAGCUCACAGCCCACCUGGUGUUAAGUGGUUACUGGAACCCAUAGACUUCUACAACGUAAAUGCGCCACCCACCUUGAGAUAUAAGCUCUAAGGUCUCAGUAUAGUUACAACGGCUGCCCCACCCUUCAAACCGAAAAGCAUUACUGCUUCACGGCAGAAAUAGGCAGGGCGGUAGUAUAUACCCAUGCGGACUCACAAGAGGUCCUACACCAGUAAUUACAGUAAGAUUUUGUCUUAAUACAGGUACGCUUUAGGAACAAUAUCGGUACAGUUUACUAUGUCCCUCGUAGUGUUCGCAUCCAUAAUUAAUCCAGACGGUAACAGCGGUCGACUGGACAGGGUGAGCCCGCGUCUGGCCCGGGAGCCCCCCUUGUGAUGGACCUCGUCCUGAGGUCGCCGCUCGUCACAAGAUAAACAGAAGAGAAAGAUAUCAGAAACAACGUAGGGUGGUAUCGACUACCCGACCUCUGGGUCAAGAUCCUAAGCCACCUACAUACAGUUGUACUGGUGUUUUACUGGUGGUAGGACCUCUUGUGAGUCCGCGCGGGUAGGUACCACCAUCCUGCCUAUUUCUGCCGUGAAGUAGUAAUGCGUUUCGGUUUGAAGGGCGGGGCAGCCGUUGUAACUAUACUUGAGACCUUAAUAUAUCUCAAGGUGAGUGGCUCAUUUACGUUGUAGAUGUCUAUGGGCUCCAGUAAUCUAACAAAUAAAUAAAAAAUGUAUUUGCCGUGAGAUGCUCUUUAACAGUAACCGUCAGUGGCCCGAGGGCAACAAGUCGGUGAGCGCGCGCACCGAGCUGCGGACGUCGACACCUCUCUGUAUACAGUAGAUUGGGGGAAUCAUGACGCUUUCCAAUUCCAACACAAAUUUUCAGCCGUUUUUCUUUGGGUAAUACCCAAUAAAAUAGAGAUUAAAACGGUUCCGGAUGUUUAAAUUGUCAUAUACGAUGCAUUAUUAUAUAUAGUUCAUUGAAAAAUAUACACGAAGAUUAAAAAAAAGUAGCUUGACCUGAUCCACCUUGACUUUUGGAGUGAAUCGGGUCACGUAUGGGGGCAAUAGUUUUUGGAUAGGGGUGGCACUGUUUAGUUGUUAGGUAGGUACUUACCUUUAGGUAAUUAACUUUUCAAUAUCUUUCAGUUCCAAAACUCUGAUAACUAAAUUAAACUAUAUAUUCUUAAACACUAAAUAAAAGUUAUUUUCAAUUCAACAAAUUCAAAUCUCACAAAAGCAUUGUGACAACACAGAUUUGUACCUAUUCUACCCCUAGUCCCAAUUCCCCCUAAUCUAAGGUACAUAAAGUACUUGUGUGAGUAUUGUUGUACUCAGAGAAGCAUCACUUCUAUCCGAUAAGUAGUUCGAUAAGUAUAUUCCGACCUAAACUAUUGUCUACGUUGUACAUAUUAUGUAAGUUUAAAUAUUAUUUGUAAUUGUUGAAACGUAAAAGAAAUAUUUUUUUAUUCAAUAAAUAAGUUAUAUAUUUUGUAAAAGUGAUAUAAAUAGGUGCAAUAAUGUAUUAAAAAUAAAGUGAAGAUAUAGUUUUGUUA